GGAAACGGUGAUCUCAUGACAGGAAGUUAAAAAAACACGGAAAUGCUUUGUUUUUAUUUAACAGCCAGCAGUCAGAUUUACCUUUAGGCUGCAGAUGUCGUUUUAAAUCUGUCAUACAGACAGACGAAUAUCGACGCAAACAACCAAAGUGGCACCUGAGCUUUUGUCGUCUUGAUGCUCAUCAUGGUGGAGCCCACAGCAUCUGGCGUGUUCUGUAAUAGGAUGCUGAGCAUGGUCAACUCUGAGGAUGUGAACGCCAUCAUCCAGGCUCAGAGACACAUGCUCGAUCGCUUUGAGAAAACCAAUGAAAUGCUGAUCAACUUCAACGGGCUGUCUAACGUGCGACUGCAGCAGAUGAACGAGCGCUUCCUGCUCCACACCCGCACACUUGUGGAGAUGAAGAAAGACCUGGACAGCAUCUUCAGAAGGAUCAGGACGCUAAAAGGGAAGAUUGCCAAGCAGUACCCAGAAGCAUUCAGGAAUAUCCAUGAAUCACCCAUCCUGGAGGACGACGAUGAUGAGUUUGACCCAGUUCCCCCCAGUGUGGCCACAACAACAACAACAACAGCCACCUCGGAGCAGAGCACAGAGUCUUGUGACACAAGUCCAGAUGUGAUCUCACCCACUGUGAGCAAAUGUUCUGAAGAUCUGUCUCAAGAGCAGCCUGACACGCCCACCUCUGAUGUCUUAGAGACAGCUGUCCUACGGGAUGAGGGUCCUGACUCUGUUCCUGCAGAAUAGAGCAAUCUGUGAAUGGAUUUUCAACUUUAAAACUAAUUUAACAAGAGGUCAUGUUGUAUUAUUUGAGUUUGUGUUGGCCUCUACAAUGUCUGCUGACUUUCCCUGUCAUGAUCUAUGAACUGUCCAUGAGGACACAGGGUUUUUGUUGGCAUGCUUAUUUGUCGUGUGCCCGCACAGCAAUGAGACAAUGCAGAUAAUACUUGAAGUUGUCUAGUAUCUCGCUAUAGAUGUAUCCAUGGGACUACCCUGAGCUAAUGUCCUCCCUCAUUAUGUGAUUAUAAGCAUAUUUAAUUUUUGUUGUUGUGGAAGAAAUGCACACCUGACUGAGGGAGAAGUUUAUCAUGAUGUCUCAUUAUUUAUGUUACUUGAAACAUAAAAGGUAGUGUUCUCAACCUGAAUAAUGGUAGUGAGGGUUUACAAGUAGUUACUACAAUGUCAUACUAUUACAAUAUUGCAACAUUGUUAUUCAAUGGGUGUUUAUUAAUUUAUUCAUGAAUGUUGCAGCAGUUUGUAAUCUAAUUCUUUGCUGAUCCCUGACAAGAAACCGUCUCUUUGUUUGCCUCCUCCAUUGCAGUUAUCAGUGAUCAGAGGCAGGAAGGACAGCUGGAAACCAGCCUGUCCAGCAUUCAACCAAUCCUUGCUGCCCGAUAAAGUCGCAGCAUUGAUGUAAAAGGGAAGGUCCCCCUUAAAAUGGAGAGCACAUGUUAUUUUUGUCAUAUUUCUACAUCUCAGUUUUCAUUUUUGGAUUUGAAUUGAAAUUACUGAAUUGAAUUAUCCUUUGUAAAGUAGAGAGACUAACA